AUGAAUCCUGCUAUAACCACCACUACUACCUAUAAAGAUGACAAUAACAAUAGCCCUAGUUCUUAUAUCCAAAUAAAACCAAAUAAAUUAGUGCGAGCAGAACUAUUAAAAAAUGAUUUUUCUCAACCAAAAUAUAUUAGAACGAAGCCCAACGUCAUAGUUAGAGCUGAAGUAGCAAACAACUUCAAUGGGAAACACCCAAAACAUCCUAAUUCAUACUCAUCACAUAAGAAAUCACCACAUGUGAUUCCUUAUUGCCGUCAUUUUUCUCAUGGUUUGUGCAUUAACAGAAAAUGUCAUUACACACAUGUUCGUGUAAAUCCAAAAGCCUCAAGAUGUGAGGCCUUCAUUAAAGAAAGAUAUUGUCCGAAAGGGUUCGAUUGCAGAGAGAAGCAUGAAUGGUCGUUCCCAAUAUUUGAUGAUGAUGAGAUUGAGGAGGCAAAGAAGAGGAAGUGGGACGAUAGCGAAGACAGCAAUGAUGAAUUUAAAAAAGAUCAAAAAGAAGAGUCUUCAAAGCCAAAGAUUCGGGUUAAGCAAGAGUGGGAGAAUGUAAACGAGUUUUCAGACGGGGGAUUCGAUUUCAUUCCUUUUGAAUAUUCAUACGAGAAGAAAUCAAAAUUAAAUUCAUUAAAAUCCCCGUUGAAGAAACUUAAGAGUCAUCAACUACCCGAUCUAGUUUUAUAUAAUAAAAAUUUAAAUAAUUAUGGCAGAUUUUUCACUCAAGUAAAUGCAUCAACGAUUAAACUCAAAUCUACUUUCUGGUCGAGUGCGGUUGGGGAUGCAUGGAUAAUUAAUUGUGACAAUCAAGAAGUUGUAUCGCAUCUAUCUAAUCUAAAAUUUACCAGUGAUCAAUCCGAAUGUCUAGUAUUUAGCACUUCAACAUCACUUUCCAAAUAUUGUCUUCACAUUGUUAUUUAUAAAAAUGCACAUGAUGAAGAUAAUAUUGACAAUAGUCAAGACACUUGUUACGAAGUUGAUGGCUACGAAGCUGGCUGGUCAUUAAGCAAAAUAGAUUGUGGACAAAUUCCUUCAAACAUAACAGCUUGUAAUAAAUAG